AUGGUCGCGGACGACCCGUUCCAUGAGCCUUCGAGUGAGGCCGAGCGCAAAAUCGCCACCCCCAUCUUGCGGAUCACAAGCGAGGCCGACCUGGACGGACCCACACCUCCUCCAGCUGCUGUGGUGGCUGAUACGUCCGGCCCUAGAACCCCGCGAAGAGUACAAUGGUCUUCGGAUCACAUUGUCAAUCUCCCUCUGGAACCGCUGGAAGCAACGUCCACCCACGAGUCACUCAGCCACUCCAACCUGAGCGAGGUGAAUGAUGCGCUGGAGCGAUUCCGCCACCGCCGCGACAUGAGCGCAUCUAGCGCCCCCUCCUCGUCUAGCGAUCACCAGCGACAUAUACACCACGACGAGGACUAUGAUUACCGCCUCGACCGGCCAGACGAGGACGGCGAUGAGGAACGGCGGUACGAGGACAAGUUGCUCGGUGAGGGCAUCAACGACCAUAUUGGGCAGUACGUCGCGCCUGGCGAGACGGACGGACUACCCUCUCCUCCACAGAAGAUGGAGGGCGAACCUCGUCAUACGAAUACGUGGAGUGUGCUCAGGCGGCGCGUUCUGCGGGGUAGCGUUCGACAAACGGAGGGUAGGCACGGGAUGAUGGGACGGAACUCCCGCGGCGAGGGAGAGGCCCAACGCGAGAGCGGACGCUCGAGUGAUGAGGAGACCGAUAUUACACCGUUGAAUGACCGGAGUAAGCAGGGGAAUGACAAGGUCCCGAUCCCAGGAUCAGUCCUGUCGUCCCUCCUCGCACUUUAUGGGCGACACACCGAUUCGGGCCUGUCAAGCCACGCCACGACCGACGAUAACACCCCGAUCCCGAGCGAUGACAGUGACCCCGAAUCCAGAGCCCCCUCGCGGAGAUCUCACGAGGGGAACGGCUCGACCCGCUCACCAACAAGCCGGGGAUUCAAGGGCAAAUUUCAGCGCACAGCGCACACGUUGAUGAGUGACCGACCCAAGGCUGCGCGCUCUGAUGCGGGGGUGUUUGGCGCGCUUGUCGGUGCGACUGGCGGUUUGGCGGCCAGCGCGGCGCCCAACUCGACCACCCUGGUUCCGGCUGCCAAACGCUCCGGAUACCAUGUCACGCGAUACAGUUUACCUGGUACUCCGCAUCAUUUGAGCCCGCCACGCACGCCAAGUGGGUCGCGCCCAUCAAGUCUGUUCUCGAAUACGGUGGUCAUGGACGACAGGCCAGAGCUUUCAUCGAGGAGCACGGACAACUUGGUCAUGAUGGAGAAGAGCAAGAGCAGCCAGUCGCUCAAGGACGGAAUGCUGAAUGCGGCCCACAAGUGGAUCAAGACGCCGGCUGGGUUACGCACACCCACCGAGGAGGAGCGCAGACGCAAGGAGUGGGAGGGGGAGAAGCGGCGGCGAAAAAAGGCCAAAGAACGGCGCAGGAAACAGGAAGUGUUUAUCGUUCAGCACGUGGCUGAGAUAUUGGCACGGCAACAGUUCCUCCUCAAGCUCGCUCGCGCGCUCAUGAUGUUUGGCAGCCCAACCCACCGCCUCGAAACGCAGAUCCAGGCGACGGCACGCGUGUUGGAGAUGAACGUCCAGGUCGUGUAUUUGCCCGGCACGAUGCUGGUCUCGUUUGGCGACGACGCAACGCAUACCUCGGAAACCAAGUUUUUGAAACAAACAACCGGCCUCGACUUGGGCAAGUUACACGUCGUCCACGGGGUAUACUGGAACGUCGUGCACGAUCGCUGUAAUGUCGAGGACGCAAGUCGUGACCUCGACGCACUCAUGCUCAGCAAGCCCCAGUAUUCGGGAUGGCAGAUUGUCAUCAUCUCGAUGAUGUGUUCGGCGUUUAUCGCCGUGCCGGCAUUCAACGCCAGUUUUAUCGAUGCGCUCAUCUGCGCUGCGCUCGGUGGAAUUCUUGCCCUCGUCCAAAUGCUCGCGGCCAUGAACGACAUGUUCAGCAACGUCUUUGAGAUUGUCAUUGCCACGCUGAUUAGUUUUGUGGCUGCAGUGCUUUCCGACACGAACAAGUUUUGCUAUACUGCCCUCGUGUCUGGUGGUGUCGUCCUCAUUUUACCGGGUUUCAUUGUCCUCACCGGCGCGCUCGAGCUCGCGUCCCGCAACAUGACGGCGGGAUCGGUCCGCAUCGGUUACGCAGUCAUAUACUCGCUCUUCCUUGGAUUCGGUAUCUCGAUGGGCGGCGAGAUCUACUUUCGGAUCAGGCAUAGGGGGAUCAAGAACGCCGCCGACUAUACGUGCGAGGCGACCCAUGUUGCCGGUGCACCAUGGUACAUGUCCACGCCGAGUGGAUAUUGGCAAUUCCUCUGCGUUCCAAUGUACGCUCUCUGUCUGUCGCUGCGUAAUGGUCAACCGCUAUUGCGCAAGGAGACGCUCGUGAUGAUGGUGGUGGCCAGUGCCGGGUGGAGUGCAAACCGGUUCACCAUGCCCGUGUUCGAGAAUCGCGCAGACAUUACGUCGGCCAUAGGCUCGUUCUGUGUCGGCAUCAUCGGUAACGUGUACGGCCGGUUCAACCACGGCUCAAGUUUCCCCGUCAUGGUCACGGGCAUCCUCAUGCAGCUGCCCUCUGGUUUAUCGCAGGGCGGCCUGUUCUCGUUUGCGGCGGCCGGUCAGGCAAUCAGUGAGAGUAAUGGCACGACGGGGACCACGACGGCUCAGUACUCCCAAGGCUUCCAAGUCGCUGAGCAGCUCGUAUCCGUCUCAAUCGGCCUCACUGUCGGUCUAUUCGUCGCAGCGGUCGUGACGCACCCUCUCGGCGGCAGUCGGCGCCGCGGCGGGGGCAUCUUCUCCUUCUAA